AUGCUGGCAUCCGGGUUCAGCAAUGCACCGCUAUCCAAGUAUCUGGUCAUGGCGGUAGUGGCGGCAUCGCUCAUGGCCAGCAUCACCGACACCAAGCACUUGUUCUGGAUCAUGGCCAGGCCACACAUCUUCGACUACAGACAGUUCUGGCGGUUCCUCACCUGGCCGCUGGUCUAUACCAACUCGACCGAGGUCUUGUUCUCAGCCAUGACACUAUACCAACUACGCAUCAUUGAGCGUCUCUGGGGUUCGCGCAAGUUCGCAUCAUUCCUUUUGGCGACAUUGCCUUAUACCGUUCUACUUCCACCUCUCCUCUUCGUACUCAUCAUUCGACCGCUCUCGUUCUACAAUAUCAACUACCUCCCCGCCGGUCCCACCGCCAUCGUCUUUGCUCUCCUCGCCCAAUACCACGCCGCUAUCCCCUACAUGUACAAAUAUCAACUCUCCGCCAACGAAUCUCCACACUCCUCCUCAGCAAUCACCUUGACUUCAAAAUCUACAUCCUACCUUCUUCCCCUCCAACUCGCCCUCUCGCAACUCCCUGGCUCUGCUAUUGUUGCAGCAGUGGGUUGGCUAGUGGGUUACGCUUACAGAAGAGAAAUCUUGCCCGGAGCGGCGACGUGGAGGAUUCCGGAUUUUAGUGCUGGAAAGAGGGAAAGAGAGAGGUUUGAGGGUUUGAGGAGACGGAUGGAGGGAGAGGCUGCUACGGCUAGUGGAUCGAGGGUUGAAGAGAGUGAUGGUGGUAGGAGGAGGACUAUUGGUGGACAACUUUUGGACCAGUUUAGGGGUUCUUGA